AUGUUGCGCUUUCUGUUUCUGAAGGACAUAAAAAUCUGUGCUGCUGCUAAGACUUCUUAUUUGGGUAGCUACUACCAAUACCAAUAUCAAUACCGACCAAUACCAAUACCGGCCAAUACCAAUAUUAAUACCAAUACCGAUACCAAUACCAAUACCGAUACCAAUACCAAUACCAAUACCGACCAAUACCAAUACCAAUACCGACCAAUACCAAUACCAAUACCAAUACCAAUACCAAUACCAAUACCAAUACCAAUACCAAUACCAAUACCAAUACCAAUACCAAUACCAAUACCAAUACCGACCAAUACCAAUACCACCAAUACCAAUACCACCAAUACCAAUACCAACCAAUACCAAUACCAACCAAUACUACCCAGUACCAAUACCAAUACUCCAAUACCGUAUUGUCAUCAACACACGGCUGAUAAUCGGAAACAAAAACCAUCCCAAUCUGGUCAAACGACUUGUACAUCGCCAAACCAAGCGUGGACUCAAACAGCAUCUACCUAA